AUGGCUGCUGUCUCAAUGAAGUCUUGCAUUUGCCUUGUUGUGUUUGCUGUGUUUCUGGGAAUAUCUGGGUUUGCUGCUGUGGAUGGAGCAGGGGAGUGUGGGAAAUCCACCACCCCUGACAGGGAAGCUUUCAAGCUGGUUCCUUGUGCAUCGGCUGCACAGGAUGAGAAUGCUGCUGUUUCGAGCCAGUGCUGUGCUCAGGUGAAGAAGCUGGGCCACAACCCAGCUUGCCUCUGCGCUGUGAUGCUCUCCAACACUGCUAAGAGCUCUGGCGUGAAGCCGGAGGUUGCCAUGUCCAUCCCCAAGCGCUGCAACCUCGCUGACCGCCCUGUGGGUUACAAGUGCGGAGCUUAUACAUUGCCUUGAAGUUAUGAUGCUGGAAGUGUUGACUCUGUGGUGACCUUUGUGACUUGGUGUAACGUUUUAAGGUACUUAGUGGUGCUAAUGUACUGGAGUGUUACAGAUUUGUUGCUUGCUGGUUGAUCUAGCUCAAGCAUAUAUGUACUACUACUGUGACAUCCAGACCUAUCCCAAAUAAUGAAUUAUGAUUGGAUCAUAAGAAGUAAAAAUGUCUGCUUUGCGGCUGGCUUGUGCAGUUGGUUGUCAUGUUUUUGGUUGAUUUUAACUCUCUGCUAGUGGCUGUUGAGGGAGUCUGUAACCUAACAGGAAAGGACAUAUCUGGCCUCUGUUGCUGGCUUUCUGGUUUGGGUAAGGCCACUAGAGAAG